AUGUUGGCCUGCGUCGGAUACAUCGUGCCGGAGUACUUCCGCUGGCCCGGUUUCCUUUCACCAGAGAAGGGUCUCAAGUUCGCUGACAUGCCUCACGGCAUCGCAGCCGUCUCCAAGGUACCCCUGGAGGGCUGGCUGCAGAUCGUCCUGUUCGUCGGCCACUACGAGGGCUACUUCUGGCGCCAGGAUCCCAAGCGCGCCCCGGGUGACUACGAAGGCUAUGGCUUCCUGGGUGUGGGCAAGAACUUCAUCGUCAAUGUCGACCCCAUCGAGUUCCAGGACGCCGAGGUGAAGAAAACCAAGCUUUCCGCCGAGAUUGCAAAUGGACGAUUGGCAGCUGGACUCCACCUUUCUGAAGUAAUGCGCUGUGUUGAGAGUAGUUUGAGACGGUGA